GAUACAUGUUAUCAUGCUCUCAAAGGAAAGAAGUAAACUCAUGGAACACCUGAUGUGUUGUGUCUGUUUGGAUACAGUCAAGGACCCUAAACUAUGCCCAGCAUGCUCAAAGAUGUUCUGCUUUUCCUGUAUAAGGCAAUGCUUCACUACCAGCAAGAGGUGCCCCCUUUGUCGGCAUUAUGUUAGGGAUAUCAAUCAAUUCAUCAAUUGUCAUUGGGUUGAACAGCUUGCAGAAGACAUUGACAGCGCCGAAUCCCUAACAACUUGUUCAACUCAUCCAGAAGAGCAGCUCUCUCUGUAUUGUAAUGACUGUAAAAUUGUUAUUUGUAGCAACUGUGUUUUGUUUGGACAUGACCACGAAAAUCACGAAAUUUCCUCUUUCAAAGAAGUGUGUCAGUAUAAGCAGGAUGAGGCCUUGGAGAUAAAAAAUGAUUUUGAGCAGAGGCUGAAGAACAUAUUGGACAUUCAGAAAGGUUUGCAUUCGAAUUUCCACAAAUUCACUAAAACAAGAGACAAGUGUUUCCAGCAAAUGCAUAAAACUUAUUCUGAAUCGCUCAUGCUCUUGUAUGAAAGUGGUAGAAGAGAGUUUUCUUCAAAAAAUCAGAUUCUUCAACAGGAAAUUGAUACAUUUAAUGUUGCUUUGCAUGAAUUGAAGGAAGUUACAAAAGCACCUAUCGCUGUCGAGGCAUUGGAAGGUAUUGAAGAUACAUUGGCCAAUUUACAUUUGUUACAAAAAACUGACCCUUGUACUUCAUCUGCUAUGAAAUAUGAAGCGUUAGAUGUUGCACCUAGUUUGGACAGAAAAGUCUUGGAGAAUGCAAUGAAAUUUGGUCCACCAUUUAGCAAGACCACUGUUUGUCUGCACAAUUUCACCUAUCUUUCACAGAACGAUAAAAUCAUUCACAGUUCUUCCCUGAACUUUUGUAAUCUGUCUUUCAAACUAGAAGUUCACACUGGAGGGCUGGCUACAGAUGACAUAGCUCACAAACAGAUUGUCUCACUCUUUAUUAUCCUGACCGAACCAAAAGAGUUAUCUGAAAACUCAGUUUAUGAUUUCUGUGUGGAGAUUGUUGCAGUCAAUCAGUUUGGCAAUGAACAUGCCAACAAGAAAUCUGUGUUCCUGUCAAAGUUUGGUUCCAAUCAGUACACCACUGUUCCUGUUCCAGACUUUAUUCUUAAACUUGACUCUCUGAAUCAAUAUGGUUAUGUGAAGCAAGAUGUUGAUUGUAUGGUACUCAGAUUCUCAAUGCGUCCUAUUUCUUUUCAAACUCUUUCCAAAAUUCAAGAAGAUUACAUUGAAGAACUGAAAAAGAAUGGUUGCGAUAAAAGGAGAAGUGUGUCUUCCUUACCACGAAAAUCAGAGUCUAGUACGUCACAAAAUGAAGCUGAGGAGGGUCUGUUAACCCAGUUGGUUAAUAAACUUGCAUUCCCAAAUGCUCUUGUUCCGUAAUUACAUUCGUGUUGUAGCCAGUUCUGUUAUGAUGUGACUACUAUUGAUCGUUGUUUGGAUGUACAGUACUAAAUGUUUUUAAACUUUUAUGUGGAUUUUACUAAUAAAAUUAGGAAAGGUAGGGGGAUGAUAAAUGAUAAUGUUUCAGAGAUAAAAUGAGAAUUACUUGAUUUUUACUUAAUAUUGUUUUAUUUUUCUACUGAAUGCUUGAUCAGUUUCAGUGACCAAAACAUUCAUUUUUGAUUGAAUUUAUGUUUAAUAGUUCAGUAGUGAACUCUUUUUAUUCCAAUCUAUAUCUAAUUUAUUAUGUUGCUGAGAGCAUUUACAUUAAAAUAUAAUCAGUAUUGUCAACUUUCAGUAUCCUAACUGUUAUUUUUUGAAAAUAAGAGCUAAGUUUUUAUCUUAAGAACAAAGGGUUUGUUGACUUUUUCUCUGUAAUCGACAGAGAGUGCUGGGAUUAGUAAUUGGAUGGAGUUUGUAGUCCUUGCAACUUGAACGUUCCUCAACUUUCUGAAAAUUUCCAUUUUUCUUUAAUCAGCUCCUGUUCCAAUAAUAAGAUUUUCUUGUAUUUUGCACAAAGUUUACCCUAGUAAAACGUAGCUUAAGUCCACUCCAUGCCCGAUAUCGAUAAUAAGAUAGUACAUCUUAAAAUCAUAAAACAAUAUGCUAGAUAGUCUAGAAUCCCAGCCGCUUGCUGGCUAUUUUCAAACUGCCAAAACGACAAAACAUUCUAACCGCAGGUCGAAAGUCCAAUUCCUGCUGAUUUCUUUCUAUUGUUCGAAAUAAUUGGAUUGGGCUUGACAUUGUACAGUAUUGCAUUUUUGGACUGAAGUUUUUAAAAACUUAUUUACAGGUUAUAUUAUAGAUUUUAUUCUUAUCUUGAUAAUAUUAUACCGUAGUCUAGAAAUUGACGAAAAAUUACAUGUUUGAGAAUUAACUUUUUAGAG